AUGACAAAAGUGAGCAUUCACUUGAUUGGAUUACCUAAGGUAGCAACUCUACAGCUACUAGAGGAAUUAAGAAAUUUUAUGCCAGUUCCAAAAAGACGAACAGCAAUUCCUCAACACUUACAAAUAUUUGCAACGCUUCAUUUUCUUGCAUCAGGUUCUUAUCAAAGGAAAGUCGGACAAGAUUUUUUAUCAUGCAUGAGUCAAACUUCAAUCUCCGUUUCUAUUCAUGCUACAAUAAAUGCGUUUAACAGAGUUAUGGGACAAUGGAUUCACUUUCCGACAUCAGACAGAAGAAAACAACAAAUUAAGGAAGAAUUUUUUGAAAAAACUGGAUUCCCAGGAGUGAUUGGAGCUAUUGAUGGAAGUCACAUUGCUAUCUUUCCACCACAAACUGAGCGAGAACACUUAUUUAUUAAUAGGAAGUUAUAUCAUUCCUUGAAUGUGAUGAUUGUGUCUUCAUACAACAGUGAAAUAUUAGCGGUAAAUGCGAUGCAUGGAGGAAGGACGCAUGAUUCAAGGGUGUUUCGUUCUUCGCGUUUGUUCCAUUAUUUAGAAAGACAGCAGGAAGCAGGCGAAAGGGGUUCAUGGCUUAUAGGUAUAGUUAAUAAUAUAUUAUUGACUAUCUUAACAUGUUUCUAUAAGUCUGUAACAUUCGUAAUUUUAAGUGCUGUAGUAUUAAAUAGAUUUUUAGGAGAUUCUGCAUAUCCGCUCAUGCCUUUUUUGUUAAAGCCAUUCAUAAAUGCACCUAUGGGAUCUCCAGAAUAUAGAUACACACAACAUAUAACAACAGCACGGUGUGCUGUGGAAAGAUGUAUAGGUAUUUUAAAAGGCCGAUGGCGAUGUUUACGAAAAGAAAGGGCAUUGCAUUAUCAGCCAGAAUUUGCAGGUAUUAAUACAUAAUUUCCUCUAUUAAAAAAACAAUGUUUUUUAAUACUUAUUAUCAUAUUUCUUUUUUAGCUCAUAUUAUAAAUGCAUGUUGUGUUCUACAUAAUAUUGCUGUUAAAUGGAGAGUCCCACCAAAUGAAGUAUAUUUAGAUGAUAUAGAUCAAGAAGCACCAAUACUAUAUAAUGAUGUUAAUGAAAAUGACGCUCAGCAAAUACGAAGAAAUAUUGUUAGAUGGUAUUUUGAAUAAUUUUUUAUUUUAAACAUACAUAUGCAUACAUACACUUGUACAGAUUGUUUAGUUACAAUAAAAAUCUAAAUAUAUAUUUGUAAUAAAAAA